GGGGCCUGGCUGGGCGUCGCGAACUCCGGAGAUGGAGGAAAAAGAGCAGCUGCGGCGGCAGAUACGCCUCCUGCAGGGUCUAAUUGAUGACUAUAAAAUCCUCCAUGGCAAUGGCCCUGCUGUGGGCAACUCAGCUACUCGGUGGCAGCCACCUGCUUACCAGAGUGGCAGGACUUUUGGUGCUCGCUACUCUCGUCCAAGUCGGAGGGGUUUCUCCUCACACCGUGGCCCCUCGUGGCGCAAGAAAUACUCCCUUGUGAAUCAGCCUCUGGAAUCCUCUGACCCAGCCAAUGAUUAUGCUUUGCAGAUGUCCCUCAGGUCUAGGGAUAGCCAUCGUCCUGACCCCCAGCAGCACGUACUGGAGAGACAGGUCCAGCUCAGUCCAGAUCAGAAUAUGGUUAUUAAAAUCAAGCCACCCACAAAGCUGGGCUCCAGCAGUGCUUCAGGGGUCCAGCGGGGCUCUUUGGAAAACUAUGGUGACCACUCCUGGAGUGACCAAAGACCUCAGGGAAGUGAGGUUGAGCUCUCUGAUGGACAGCUGCAGCCUGCAAGGCCAGGAAGAACCAAGGCGGGUUACAGCGUGGACGACCCCCUCCUGGUCUGCCAGAAGGAGCCUGGCAAGCCUCGGGUGGUGAAGUCUGUGGGCAGGGUUAGUGACAGCCCUCCUGAGCAUCGGAGGACCAUCAGUGAAAGUGAAAUUGCCGUCAAGGCACACUUUCCAUCGCCUGCCCUACCCUCACGCACUGGUGUGGCUCUGGGCCGGAAGGUAGGCCCCCAUUCUGCCAGCUAUGCUAUGCAGCUCAUUGGAGACCAAAGAGCUGGCCAUGCAGACCAGCCAGCGUCUGCUCCUAUCAGACCAUCGACAGGAACAAGGCAGGUCAGGGAGGCCUCACUGCAACGAACCAGCAAGUUUCGUAAAAACAACUACAAAUGGGUGGCUGCCUCAGAAAAGAGCCCCCGGGUCACUCGGAGAGCCCUCAGUCCCAGAACAACUAUGGAGAGUGUGAACAAGAUCCCUUUUGGUACAGCUGUGAAGACAGAGAAGCCACAGUUUAAAGUUGACCCAGAGACCAGACCUGAGAAACUAGCCGCGUCAUCCAAGCUUGGACCCUCUCCCAGCAAGUACAAGUGGAAGGCUUCCAGCCCCUCUGCUUCCUCCUCUUCCUCUUUCCGUUGGCAGUCUGAGGCUGGCAGCAAGGACCGUACUUCUCAGCUCUCCCCAGUGCUAUCAAGGCCCCCCUCAGGAGGCAGACCAUCAGGGGGAUCCAGCAGCUUGAAGCCCCUCUUUGGAGAGACACAGCUCUCGGGUUACAAAGUGAAGAGCCGUACCAAGAUUAUCAGGAGGCGGGGCAGUACCAGCCUUCCUGUGGACAAGAAGAACAGUCCCUCAACUACCGCCACCACCAAAAACCAUCUUACCCAGCGUCGGAGACAGGCCCUCCGGGGGAAGAGUAGCACCGCUCUAAGGAAGACUCCCCAAAAGGGUCUGAUGCAGGUCACCAGGCAUCGGCUGUGCAGCAUGCCGUCUAGCCGGGGCCACCUCUCCACCAAGGAAGCAUCCAGUGUGCACCUGCGGACUCCACCGUCCAAUAAGGUGAUCAAGACCCGCUACCGCAUUGUCAAGAAAACACAAACCUCGCCCCUCAGUGUUCCAUCCUUCUCCAUGUCUCUACCCUCCUGGCGGGCCCGGCGAAUCUCAUUAUCCAGGUCCAUGAUGCUGAACCGCCUUCGUCCGACUGUCAGUGGGACCGGAAAAGCCCCACCUGCUUCCCCUCGGUGGCGUAACAAAGGCUAUCGCUGCAUAGGAGGGGUUCUCUACAAAGUGUCUGCCAACAAGCUCUCCAAGACCUCCAGCCGGCCCAGUGAUGGCAGUAGGGCCCCCCUCCGCACAGGACGACUGGACCCAUCCACCAGCAGUAGUCGUUCCUUGGCCAGCCGGGCUGUCCAGCGAAGCCUGGCUAUCAUCCGACAGGCAAAGCAGAAGAAAGAGAAGAAGAGAGAGUACUGCAUGUAUUACAACCGCUUUGGCAAGUGUAACCGUGGUGAACGCUGCCCUUACAUCCAUGACCCUGAGAAGGUGGCCGUGUGCACCAGAUUUGUCCGAGGCACAUGCAAGAAGACAGAUGGGUCCUGCCCUUUCUCUCACCAUGUAUCCAAGGAAAAGAUGCCGGUGUGCUCCUACUUCCUGAAGGGGAUCUGCAGCAACAGCAACUGCCCCUACAGCCACGUGUAUGUGUCCCGCAAGGCUGAAGUCUGCAGCGACUUCCUUAAAGGCUAUUGCCCGCUGGGUGCAAAGUGUAAGAAGAAGCACACACUGCUGUGUCCUGACUUUGCCCGAAGGGGUGUUUGUCCCCGUGGCUCCCAGUGCCAGCUGCUCCAUCGUAACCAGAAGCGACAUGGCCGGCGGACAGCUGCACCUCCUACCCCAGGGCCUAGCGAUGGAGCCCCCAGAAGCAAGACCUCAGCUGGCCAUGUACUCAGGAAGCCCUCUACUGCUCAGCGCCCUACCAGACAGAUGUCUGCUGGUCUGGUCUCCAGAACUGAGGCCUCAGCCUCCCCUCCCCCUUCCCCAAGGGUAUUAGCCUCCACCUCUACCCUGUCUUCAAAGGCCACCGGUGCCUCCUCCCGUUCCUCCUCCCCUUCUGCUAGUUCCCCUACCCCCUCCUUGGACCAGGAAGAAGCUGCCUCUGGGACAGGUGGGACAGGCUCAGGAACAGGCUCUAGCAGCCUCUGCAAGCUGCCAUCCUUCAUCUCCCUGCAUUCCUCCCCAAGCCCAGGAGGCCAGCCUGGGCCCCAGUCCCCCAGGAGCCCCCGCACUAAGGACUCAGGGAAGCCGCUACACAUCAAACCACGUCUGUGAGGCUCCCUGGGGACCAGCCCGCACCUACCUCAAACCCUCACCCCUGGAGAGGAUGGAGGCUCUACCCACCACUGCUCCUGAGGAGAAGCAGCCUGCCACUGAGCCCAGCUGGGGCUAUAAGCAGGGAUACAUAGCUCCUCCCAUUUGGCUCACAGCCUUUGGAGGCCUUUGUGUGCCCAGGCCUUGUUCUCCCUCAAGCCAAAGCCCUGUCCAUUCCCUGUUCCUCUCCCUCCCCACCCCACCCCCAAAACACUCAGCCUCACACUAGGACUUGUCCAUGGCUCCCAGCCAUCAGGGUGCCAUGUGAGGUUCACCCAGCCUGUCUCCUGUGGUGGGUGUGGCGGUAGCUGUAGGGCUGGUGCCCCCAGCCCUCCCCACCCAGGACUCCUGCCCAGAGAAGAGGCUACUGGCCAGGCCUCUUUGGAUAUUUUAUGUUGAGCAAUAAAGGUUUUAUCCUGUGUCUA